GGUGAAAUAAGAGAGUAGGACGAACAUGGACGGCUUGUAUUUUACUUAUUCAUUGCUACGUUUACUUUCUACGGUGAUUUAAGAAAUGGAACACAGCUUCCUGCAGAGGCGUCAUUCGGGUUACCGAGUCGAGGACGAUUCCGUGAUCAUCUCGGACAGCGAGGAGGAGGUUGAUAAUUCAAGGAAGAACGACCAACAAAUAAUCGAUGAAAGCGUAGAGAUCGAUGAUGAUGCCGAUAAUUCUAUCGAGGAUACGACACCGAGGAAGAAUAAAGACAGUGAAGAUGACAGUACACCUGUUGUACGUUUGAUCAGAAACAUAAAUAAAAAGACGAGAAGAUAUAUACUGAAUUCUGAUGACAGUGAUUAUGAACAGAUAGAUGAUCAUGAAGAUAAUGAAGCAUAUACGAUUAAUGAUUUUAACAAUUCUGAUUCAGCAAAAAGUCUUCAUGAAGAUUAUGAUGAAAAAUAUUAUAGUGACUUGAAUUCUGAUUCAGAUUCUUCUCUUUCAUGUUCACGGAUUAAAAAUAAGAGUAAAAAAAGAAAAGAUGUUACUCAUGAUAAUACCAGAGAAGAUAUAAAAGAAUUAAAACUUAAUUCUUCUAAUGAUUCUCUAAAUAAUAUGAAUUUAAGUGACCUUGAUGAAUCAUACAAACGAAAUAAUACUGACCAUAAAGUAGCAGACGAAAACAAAGAAAUUGAUGUACCUGUCACUAUUGUGCUUGAUUCAGAUUCUGCUUCUGGACAAAACAGCGAUGCUGAAUUUGCAGUAUCUUUUGCAAAAGAAGAAAUUGGUGUUGGAAAUGUGGAUCCAUUAAUAGCGCAGAAAAGAGCACUUACGGUUUGCAAAUUAGAGCAGCUUAAAAAUGAGUCAGCCCAGAUGAAGGUAAUAUAUGAGAUAUCUGAUGAUAUGGGCUUGGGCAAAACACUAACUAUGAUAGCUUUGAUUUUGAUCACUCUUGCUAAAGAUUCUGAUGAAAGUGGUGAUGAUGAUGAUGGUAAUGAUGCCAUAUGGACUAGCAAGAAUAGAUCUUCACAUCAUAAAGGUGGUACUCUAGUAGUAUGUCCUGCGUCUUUAUUGUCACAAUGGGAAAAUGAAGUACGGAAUAGAUGCAAACGUGGUUUAUUAUCUGUUGAAGUGCAUCACGGCAGCAAUCGACAGAGCGCUCCUAAAAAAUUGGCGAAAAAUGAUAUAGUCAUCACGACAUAUAAUAUAUUAUCUCGAGAUUAUAAAAUCAAUUCUACAUUAUAUAAGAUCAAUUGGAAAAGGGUUAUACUCGAUGAAGCGCAUGUAGUAAGAAAUCACAAAAGUCAAGCAUCUGAAGCGGUAUGUGGGCUCGUAGCGAGUAGACGAUGGGCUCUCACCGGCACACCUAUACAGAAUAAGGAGUUAGAUUUAUAUUCCAUACUGAAGUUUCUUAAAUGCUCACCUUUUGAUGAUUUACGCGUUUGGAAGCGAUGGGUAGAUAAUAAGAACGCUGCGGGCCAUCAAAGAUUGGCAACCGUAAUGAAGACAAUAAUGUUGCGCAGAACUAAACAAGAAUUGAUGUCGAAGGGCGAGUUGAAAAGUUUACCCGAUAAAUCCAUCGAGGAAGUGAUAGUGCAACUCGAUCAACAGGAACAAUUGGUUUAUGAAAAAGUUUUAGCGUAUUCCCGUACUCUGUUUGCACAAUUUUUAACUCAACGUGCAGAGAAAGAACAUAUGUUAGAUUUGUACAGUGGCAAAUACAAUAAACCUUCCUUUCUCUCAAACCCAAACAAGGAGACUCAGUUCACAAAAGCACAAAAUAAAUUAUUGGCGUCGCACGCCGACGUAAAGACACAUGAAAUUUUAGUGCUUCUAUUACGACUACGUCAAAUAUGUUGUCAUCCAGCAUUGAUCCAUGCAAUGCUGGAUCAGGAAGAUUUACAACAAAGUGGUAUAAUGGAUAUAGAAAACGUGGACUUCGACUUAUUAUCCCGCAUGCAUAAUAUAUCACUUAAUGGAAUUGAUAAUGAAGAGGAGAACGCUGGUGUUGAUCAAAGAAUAAUGGGAAAUCUACUUACCGCCGAGAAUCCGGUGUUUGAAGAAGAUCGUAUUAGCUCUAAGAUGAAGAUGCUACUUGACUUGGUUAAAAAAAUUUUGCGAAAAAGUGACGAUAAACUUAUUAUCGUUUCGCAAUGGACAAUGUUGUUGGAAAUUAUAGCAUCACAUUUGCCUUCAAUAAAAGGGGCUACUUUUAGCAAGUUUACAGGAAGUGUUCCUAUUAAAAAUCGACAGGGUAUAGUGGAAUCUUUUAACAGUCGACAUUUUGGUCCGAGAAUUCUGUUACUGUCACUUACUGCUGGCGGAGUGGGAUUAAACUUGGUAGGCGGCAAUCAUUUAUUGUUAUUCGAUAUUCAUUGGAAUCCACAGUUGGAAACACAAGCGCAAGACAGGAUUUAUCGUUUUGGUCAAACAAAGAAUGUUUACAUCUACAAAUUUAUCUGUGUCAAUACAAUAGAAGAGCGUAUUAAAGCGUUGCAAGAACGAAAACUUCAGAUAGCAAAAAAUGUACUGAGUGGUGAUACAAGCAACGCGGUUGGAAAACUUACGCUGAACGAUCUCAAAUCUUUAUUCGGCUUCUAAUCCAUUUUGUCUUG